AUGUCUAGUUUCCAGAAAGAAAAUGACCCUGCAAAAUCCCUAUUCAGAAGACUUGAGUCUGCAGUCACUCCCAUCGUGUCCGGGGAGUACAGUCAGCACCGGGACCGAGCUGCCAUGGCCUCCCGGAUCUCGUUCACCCAGCUGCGGUUGGAAGCGGAGCUGGAUCGGUACCGGGCCGAGUGCCAGUGGGACAAGAUUCCUCCAAUCGUCGAACACAUGCAGGCCGCGCGUAUGCACGAAGAGGAUGACUACGGGACACUGCUUUUGGCCGAAGCACUGCUGGAAGAGUCCCUGCAGGAAAAUAUGGACCUGCUAAAGAACUCCACACCUUUGAUAGACAAGAUGCAACCAAGAUUAUGCCGGGCCAAAAGCUACCUCAACAUCAUCCUGAGCCGAGGCCGCCUCACUCCCCGGUAUCUGAAUGAGGCUCUGCUGCUGAUGGCCAAAGUGCACUAUGUGCAGGGUUGCCAUCGCGAUGCCCAGGGAAUGUGUGCAAGGGUGGGACUGGAAGAGCUGACACAGGACAAUCAACCCACCUACCACCUCCGCUUACUGGCUGAGGCCUUUGUCAUUAAAGGCCUGUCUCUGGACCACCAGGCACUUUCAUCAGUGUCUCGUAUCCGUCUGUUAGAGAGGGAGGAGGAGAGUCUCUCCUGUUUCCUCAGGGCCUGCGAUGCGGCGCUGUCCUAUCUGCAAGAGCUUGAUAAGACUGUUACAACGCCACACACGAAGACAGCCAAACUUAGUCAGCUUUCACCUGCCGUGGACUUCGACCUGGGUUUCUUCCUUCAGGCGGCCCUCCAGAGUGCUUACCUGUGUUUGCUGCAGAGAGGUCAUCUGGCGCAAGGUGCUCACCAACUCCGUCGUGUGAUGAGGGUGGUAGAGUCACGAGGGUCUCAGGGUCUCAGGAAGGCUGCAGCGAGGAAGCUCGCAGAGGUGCUGCUGAGCUCAGUGGCUGAGGCCAGUUACUGGCCGCCACUGGGGCCCCCGCCGUCGGCCUGGCUCCGAAGAGAGGGGGCCGCCACCUCCAAAGAUGCACUCUACCCCACCAUCAAACCACCACAACGCUACACUACUGACAGUUGCUUCUGUCCCCAGGACGUGGUAGAAGAGGCUGUGUUGCUGCUUCUCAUUACGGAGUCCAUGGCCAGUGGCGGCGAGGUCAUCAGUCGCCUGCCGGAUCAGGCCGAGGCUCGCCGGGCCACCCUGCAAGAUUCGGUCUCCGUCUACGACCUUCUCGCUAUCGGCAUGGUCAGGAGGGGGCAGUACACUAUGUUGUCUGAGUGUCUGGAACGAGCCAUGAAGUUUUCGUUCAACGAAUUCCACCUCUGGCACCAGCUGGGCCUGUCACUCAUGGCUUCUGGGAAGGCGGUUGGUGCUGUGUCUGUGUUUAAAGAAUGUGCCAGGAUGAGACCAGAGGACCCGUUGCUGCCCCUGUUGGCUGCUAAAGUCUGCAUUGGUCAGCUGCACUGGUUCUCAGAAGCAGAGGCUCUGUCCCAAAGUGUGGUGUCAAUGGGAGAGGGAGCUGGAGAAUCUCUUCCGAGGGCCUACCUGGCUUUGGGACUCUCCUACAGUCUUCAGGCUUCUGAUGCCUCUUUGAAAGAAGAUCGGAAUGAAUACAACAAAAAAGCACUACGAAUUAUGAGAAAGGCUCAUUCAUUCGACCCACAGGAUGCACACAUUGCCAUGUGCUUGGCGCUGCAGUUGGCACUUGUACGGCAGGUAUCAGCAGCCAUGGAGCCCCUGCAGGAGGCUUUAUCUCUCCAAGGGGAUGACUUGCACUCCCUCCACUUGCUGACCCUUCUCCUCAGUGCUCAGAAAAACCACCGCCAUGCCCUGGACACCUUGGGACUGGCCCUCAGCCAACACCCCGACAACUUCAAUUUGCUGUCCUCGAAGGCUAAGCUUGAAGAAGUCUUGUAUGGCCCCGCUGUGGCCUUACAGACCUGCCAGGAAAUGCUGCAAAUCUGGCAAAGUCGCUAUGAUGUCAGCCGUUCAAAUGAGACAGAUGACAGUACCAGUAUACCAAUGGUUGAGAGGCUGGAUGCCAGCCCUGGAGUCAGCAAAACAUCCAUCCACCUCACUCUGCCUGUCUUCCAAGAUACCUCCACUGGUUCAAUGAGUCCAUCAUCGAUUGCAGCAUCUCAUCUUGAGGCGGCGCUCUCAGAAGUGUCAGACAUUAGCUCCAUGCAUCGCCAAGGACCCAUGUACAUCUGGACUACCCUAGAACGUAUUUGGCUGCAAGCUGGAGAACUGUUCAUGGUGGACGGUCGACUUAAAGAGGCACAAUUUUGCAUAGCCGAGGCCAGCUCACUCUUCCCCAACUCGCACUCAGUAUUGCUGCAGAGGGGCCACCUAGCCGAGCUCCGGGGUCAAAUGGAGGAGGCGAAAAGUCUUUACGAUGAAGCCCUUGCCAUCCACCCUACUGGGGAGCGCAUACUGGUGCACAUGGGCCGGCUGCUGGUGAAAACAGGGCGUGCGAACCUCGGGGAGAAGGUCCUACGAGAUGCAGUUCAGGUCCACAGCACGUCACACGAAGCCUGGAGUGGACUGGGAGAGGCGCUACAGUUUCUGGGAUCCAGUCAGGCCCCCGACUGCUUCCUCACAGCUCUGGAGCUGGAAGCUUCCUGUCCCGUCCGACCUUUCACGAUCAUCCCCAGGGAGCUUUGAGGAGCCUCGACCACAGUGUAGGUUUGGCUCAACCAACUCGACUGACAGAUUCUACACUGGUGCAGACAUAGACAUUCGGGUGGACAUCAAGGCUUCUUGUUUACAUUGUAAGACCAAAACAUUGAUACAAAAGAUAACAUUUUAAUUCGUUGUUAAUAAGUUAUUCCCUUAAAAAAAUGUAGCUUUCUACAGUACCGUAUACAGUAUAUUCAUGGAGUUUACUACUGACAUCUCAAAAACAUUCCAUUAUUCCAGAUAUACAUGG